AGAAAAGGAGGUUGAGGAGCUGAAGAUGGAUGAAGAGUUGAAGAAGGACUUGAGGCUGCAGUUGUCUCGUAGCUGUUGCCUUAUCUCUACACGCUUCUCAACGUACAAUAGUUAGAAAUUUGUCAUAAGAGAUGACUUAAACAACACUACUAUGACUUCUCAAAUCUCAUCACCUUGCAAAUGGACUGAUCAUCACUUGAAUCAGCAAGUGAUGGGAAGAAUCUUCACUUGGGUUUGCCUCCUGUCCAGUGUUUCCUCAUCCCUUGUUCCAUAUAAAACUUCUAUUGUUCAAAGUGGCCGUCUACUUGUAUCAUUCUUUGGUUAUCCUGACAAAUGUGUGUAUGGUGGUACCGAGCAUGCAUGUACGUUCAGCAUUGCAUGUUGGCUUGUUGGAGGCAGUAUGGAGCAAGGAUGCACUACAGGCAGUGGUGAUAGUAUGGCCGACCUCAUGUUCACUUGCUGCAUCCCUCCAUCUAGCAACAAUGUUAACCACUUAUUGACAACCAAUUACAACUACAAUAAUCGAUUAAGUGCUGCCACACCAACAGAAUGUGGUCUUCAAAUGGUUGGUAUACAGAAGCGAAUUAUUGGAGGAAAUGAAGCAUUUUUUGGAGAGCUUCCGUGGCAGGCACAUAUCAGAAUAAAAGGAUAUCAGUGUGGAGGAGUACUCAUUAGUCAUGUGUUGGUUGCCACAGCUGCUCAUUGCGUGCAUAGGGCAAGAAUACAAGAUAUACGUGUGCACUUAGGAGAUUAUGAUACUCAAAAUACUGGUCAUUAUAUCGAGCCACUCCCUGAAGAGGUUCAUCAUGUUGUUCAAAAGAUAAUUCAUCCAAAAUUCCAAUAUCGACUUUCGCAACCUGACAGAUUUGAUAUUGCAUUGGUUCAGUUAUCAAAACCUGUCACAUACCGUGAAAAUAUUCUGCCCAUAUGUCUACCUAAUCAUGAUGACUCAUACAAUGGUCAAACUGGAGUGGUAGCUGGUUGGGGAAGAACGGAUAACGAAUACGGUAAAACGGGCACAAAUAUACUGCACAAAGCAUCUGUUCCUAUUCUAUCCGAUGAGGAAUGCUUCCGUUGGCACAGACGUAAAAGCAUAAACCUCGAGCUCCACCAAGAAAUGCUGUGUGCUGGUCAUAGCGAUGGACAUACAGAUGCAUGCUUGGGAGAUUCAGGAGGUCCACUAAUAGUAUACGAUGUGAGAACUUCUCGUUGGACUUUGGCUGGAAUCACCAGUGCAGGAUUUGGAUGUGCCGUUGACCAUCAACCAGGCAUCUAUCACAAGGUGGCAUUCACCUCUGAUUGGAUCAAGUCUUAUAUUAUCAGAUCAUACACCUAUUCCAACCGAUAAACAAGCAACUAGUUGUUAAAAAACAUGUGAUAUUUAAAACUAGUGAUGUAGAGUUAAAAAUUAUUUUGGUCUGUAAUAUAACUUAUUAAAAUGAAUUACUUGUUACUUCCAU